AAACGCUCCUGCGUCUGCGACAACAUGCUCCACCAAGGUAGGCGCCAUCUUGGAUUGAUGACCAGCCACUGCACCGACCAAUCAGAAGAGACGGAACCGUCGCGUGACAGACAGAAACACGACGAGGCAGCGCAUUAACUCGAGGUCGUGAACGCAGCGUCACGUCUCGUCACGACCACGUGACGUUUUGUUGACGGUAGAAGACGCAGGAAGAUGGCGGCCCGCUGGAGCAGCGAGAAUGUGGUGGUCGAGUUUCGGGAUGCCCAGGCCACCGCCAUGUCAGUGGACUGCCUGGGCGCACACGCUGUACUGUCCGGGCGGCGUUUCCUGUACAUGGUGAACCUGGAGGCUCCGUCUGAACCUCCGAGGAAGAUUGGCCGACAGAGUAAAUGGGACGUGGGGACGGUCCAGUGGAAUCCCCACAAAUCAGAGUCCCACGUCUUCGCUGCCUCGAGUAACCAGCGCGUGGAUCUGUACUCGUGGAGGGACGGCUGUGGAGAAGUUCACACCUCCCUGCAGGGACACACCCGGGUCAUCAGUGAUCUGGACUGGUCCUGGUUUGAACCCGAGUUCCUGGUCACCAGCUCGGUGGACACCUACAUCUACAUCUGGGACACCAGAGACACUCGGAAACCCACGGUGGCGCUGUCUGCUGUUGCCGGGGCGUCUCAGGUGAAGUGGAACAGGAAGAACCAGUACCUGCUGGCGUCCAGUCAUGACGGAGACGUACGGAUCUGGGACAAAAGGAAGCCGAACACGGCGGCGGAGUACGUGGCGGCUCACCUGUCGAAGAUCCACGGCCUCGACUGGCAUCCAGACAACGAGUUCAUCCUGGCCACGUCGAGCCAGGACAACUCAGUGAGGUUUUGGGAUUACCGACAGCCCAGGAAGUAUCUGAACAUCCUGUCCUGUCAGGUACCAGUGUGGAAGGCCAGGUACACGCCGUUCUCUAACGGUCUGGUCACAGUCAUGGUUCCUCAGCUGAGGAGAGAGAACAGUCUGUUACUGUGGAGCACGCUCGACCUCAACAGUCCCGUCCACGCCUUCGUCGGACACGACGACGUGGUGCUCGAGUUCCAGUGGAGGCCGCAGAAAGAAGGCUCUAAGGAUUACCAGCUGGUCACGUGGUCCAGAGACCAGACUCUGAGGAUAUGGAGGGUGGAUCCUCAGCUGCAGAAGCUGUGUGUCAGCGACGUGGUGGAGGACCUGAUGGAGGGGAUGUCUCUCACCGUGGAGCCGAAGUCUCUGUCGUCUCAGGAGAGUCCGCACAGCGUCGGCCCCGCCUCUGAAAACCUGCAGGAUCCGGACGGCGCUCUGAGCUCUGGAGGUCGUCAGGACUCGGCGGUGGGUUCAGGUGUCCCUCAGACUCUGCAGCAGGAGUUCUCUCUGGUCAACCUGCAGAUCAGAAACGUAAACGUGGAGAUGGACGCGGUGAACCGCAGCUGUGUGGUGUCGGCUCACUUCGGCAGCCAUCAGGUUCACCUGGUGGUGAAGUUUCCCGCUCAGUAUCCCAACAACGCCGCGCCCACCUUCCAGUUUGUCUCCCCGACAACCAUCCCCUCCGCCACGAAGACCAAGAUCCAGAAGAUUCUGACCGACACGUCUCUUCAGAAGGUGAAGAGGAACCAGAACUGUCUGGAGCCGUGCGUCCGACAGCUGGUGUCCUGUCUGGAGUCGGACAUGACGCAGGAGGACGGUCCGGCGUCCGGCCCCUUCGUCCUGUCCAACCCCGUCACUCCGGCCCUGCAAGCGUUUCCUCGAGUCACCAACACGUACGGCUCCUAUCAGGACGCCAACAUCCCGUUCCCUCGGACCUCCGGCGCUCGUUUCUGUGGCGCCGGCUGUCUGGUUUACUUCACCCGACCAAUCACAAUGCACCGCUCUGCCCCGCCCACCGAGCCCACUCCCAGGUCCCUGUCAGCUCUGUCGGCCUAUCACAGCGGAGUGUUAACUCCGAUGAAGAUGCGUUCAGAGUCUCAGAGCACUCUGCGGUUGUACAGCGGCAGCCCGACUCGCUCCGACAAAGACACCGUCUCCAUCUCCUCCUUCUACUACAAAGAACGGAAGCUCCCAAUCUCUGCCUCCCGCCGCUGGUCUGUCCAAACCCUCCAUGAUUGGCCGAAAUCCCGCCGGUUUAAGACGAAGCGAGAGGGGACGGACUACGGCAACCGUCCCAUCAAACUGGCCGGGAAAGUCAUCAUCCAGGAGAUCUCCUGUCUGCUGCCCGUCCACAAGGCUCUGGGGGAGAUCUACAUUCUGAACAUGAACGACAUCCAGGAAACGUGUAAGAAGAACGCAGCGGCGGCGCUCACAGUCGGACGCAGAGACGUGGCAAAGGUGUGGGCCCUGGCAUCUGCAGCGACCAGUCAGGACCUGAGUCCGGACUCGGACCCGGACACAGAGACCCCCUGGGCCAGACACCCGUUUGGACGCCACCUGCUGGAGACUCUUUUGGAUCACUACAGUCAGAUGAGCGACGUCCAGACUCUGGCCAUGCUGUGCAGUGUGUUCAGGGCUCAGGCUCCUGCGGACUGUUACUCUCUGUACGGACAUCACCCGUCUCGCUCCUCCGUGUUCCCGCCACACCACUCACGAUACCCCAGCUACACGUCCAGCUCCGUCACCUCGGGCUCGUGCUCCAGCACCUCAGACUCCAUCACUACAACCACCUGGAACACAGGUCGAGACUCUGAGCAAGCCAACCCCUGGGGAGAACCGUCCCCUGACGAUUAUCGCUAUGGCAACCAGGGUUACACAGAUCCACGGGAACGAGAGCGAGAGCAGCACGACAUGAACAAGAGACUGCUGGACCCCGCCAACACGCUGCAGUUUGAUGACUUUAAGAAGUGUUAUGGUGAAAUCUUAUACCGCUGGGGUCUGAGGGAGAAAAGAGCCGACGUGCUGAAGUUCGCCUCCUGCCCUCCUGAACCUCACAAAGGCAUCGAGUUCGGCGUGUACUGCUGUCACUGUCGCAGUCAGGCUCGUGGGACUCAGUGUGCCGUCUGUAAGCGUCUCACCUUCCAGUGUGCCAUCUGUCACGUGGCCGUACGCGGCUCCUCCAACUUCUGCCUGAGCUGCGGUCACGGAGGACACACCAGUCACAUGAUGGACUGGUUCCGCCGGCAGGACGAGUGUCCGGCCGGCUGCGGCUGCCACUGUCUGCUGCAGAGCAUCUUCUGACGCUCUGCAGACGGAAACCAACGCGCCUCCUGAGAGGGGAGGGGUCUGAUGAGGCAGAGCUGAGGCAGAUGUGCUGCGAUCGGAGCCUCUGAUGCAGAUUCAACCGCUCCAUCGUGUGAUCGCAGAGGAGGCCUUUAAAAUGAAACGGCGGUAAGGAUGUCGACGCCAGUCCGUCCAACACUUUGCUCCAGAGUACAAACUACUGGUCAGACUGAUGGACAUUCAUGGUCCCCAGAGGAUAAAUGCCCCUGACCGUUCCUCAGGACAACAUUUCCACUUGGACACUAGAAAUACGAAAACCCGAUGGUUCGGUCGUCGAGAAAUUCAUGCUCCCUUGAGGAUGAACUCUCUGUCUGGACACUAUGACUUCCUCUAGCACCACCCUCAGGACGAAAUGAUGAAAUGUAGGGGAUUGUCAGCCACUGCACCCUUUCAGUUUUCUACGCCUACAACUAAUCAUUUUCCUAAUUGUUUUUUUUCGUUUAAUUGCUUAGUCUAUAAAAUGUCUCAAAAUAGUGACAAAUGUCAAUCACAAUUAGCCAGAACCCAAGGAGACGUUUAGUCCGACCAACGGCUGAUGACAGAAAACAGAUAAAAGCAGCAAAUCCUCACAUCUGAGAAGCUGGAACGAGAAUUAGUUUGACAUCUUUCUGUGUAAAUGAUGAUGUGUGUCCUGCAGGGCAGACUGCUGGGUGCUUGACAAACGACUUAAACAGUGAAUCAUUUAUCAGAAUUGUUGUCGAUGCAUUGUCUGCCAAUCAACGAAUCGGUUACAUGACUAAUUGUUUUCGCCCUGUAGAGAGCCGAAGUGGAACCUGAACUUCCAGGUUCUGAUCCUCAUUCAAAAUCACAAUUUGUAUCAGUUCUAAUAACUAACAAUCCAGCCUUUCUCAAACUGUAUGUUGUGUGUCGCUUCAACUGUUUAGAUAACGACGGCUGUUAAAAAUCUAAGAUCUAAUAUCGUGUUUUUUUCCAAUAUUUAUGUUUUUUAGCGGCCUUUAACAAACACCAUUUCCCACAAGCCCCUAGACCUUCGCAGGUUAAAAGUCACGGCUCGACAGAAGAGGCGAGGUGAGCGUCUGUGGUUAGUUCACGUGUCUGUAAUAACAGCGGGAGCUGGAUGUGAUAUGAUGGCGUUGGUUGUUGGCUCGGAGAGGAUGAGGCGUUCAUGCAGCUUCCUUCUGGCCUGACGUGACUCACUGCUGGACACGGACGUGACCACGCAGCUGCUGGUGAGGCACAGAAACACGUUCUGUCUGUGAAAAUGAAGAAAGUUUGAACAGUUUACAAAUGUACUUUAUGUAAAAUUAAAAUAAUAAAAGUAAACUUGAAUUCA